GAGAGUGUGCUGUGUACAGCGUGGGGUUCCUGGCUGUGGUCGCUGGGUGAUGUUGGCUCAGACAUGCAGGUCUCCAAUAUCAAUGAUGUGAAGAUCUAUAACCUGAGCUGCGGGAAGUCUCUGCCGGAGUGGCUGUCGGAUCGUAAGAAGAGAGCUCUACAGAAGAAAGAUGUGGACAUCCGGAGGAGGAUUGAACUCAUUCAGGACUUUGACAUGCCCACAGUCAGCACCAACAUCAAAGUCUCCAGGGACGGCCAGUACAUCAUGGCGACCGGGACAUACAAGCCCCGGAUUCGCUGUUUUGACACUUACCAGCUGUCUCUGAAAUUUGAAAGGUGUUUGGAUGCGGAUGUGGUCAAAUUUGAUAUCUUAUCCGAGGACUAUUCAAAGAUUAUCUUCCUGCAGAGUGACAGAUAUGUAGAAUUCCAUUCUCAGCAUGGCCGUUACUACAGGCUUAGGAUACCAAAGUUUGGAAGAGAUUUUUCUUAUCAUUACCCGUCCUGUGACCUGUAUUUUGUUGGGGCAAGCUCUGAGGUGUUCCGGCUAAAUUUAGAACAGGGGAGAUUUCUGAAUUCCCUCCAGACUGAUGGCUCACAGCUCAAUGUCUGUGACAUCAAUUCCACACACCAUUUAUUUGCUGCUGGCACAACAGAGGGGAAGGUGGAAUGCUGGGAUCCACGGACAAGAACGCGGGUGGGGAUUCUGGACUGCGCCUUGAACAGUGUUACAGAGGAUACAGAAAUUAAUGGCAUACCAUCUGUAUCUGCCCUGAAAUUUAAUGGACCUCUGCAAAUGGCUGUAGGCACUUCAACCGGCCAGGUGCUGCUCUAUGACCUCCGCUCAAACCGCCCCCUGAUUGUCAAAGACCACCAGUACGGGCUGCCUAUCAAGUCCAUCCAGUUUCACAGUCCUCUAGAGCUGGUUAUAAGUGCGGACUCCCGAAUCAUCAAAUUGUGGAAUAAAGAUAAUGGUAAAAUCUUUACAUCGAUUGAACCAGAGGCUGAUGUGAAUGAUGUGUGCCUAUAUCCUAAUUCAGGAAUGCUGUUCACAGCUAAUGAAGCACCAAAAAUGAACGUCUACUAUAUUCCGGCCCUGGGCCCUGCUCCGAAGUGGUGCUCGUUCUUGGAUAACCUGACUGAAGAGCUGGAAGAAAACCCAGAGACAACUGUGUAUGAUGAUUAUAAGUUUGUCACUAAAAAGGAUCUGGAGGACCUUGGGCUCGCACAUCUCAUUGGGUCUCCCUUGCUCCGAGCAUACAUGCAUGGCUACUUUAUUGAUAUACGGUUGUAUCUCAAGGUGAAAGCCAUGGUGAAUCCAUUUGCUUAUGAAGACUACAGAAGGGAGAAGAUCAGGCAGAAGAUAGAGGAAACCCGGGCACAGCGUGUUCAGAUCAAGAAACUACCAAAGGUCAACAAGGAACUGGCCCUCAAGUUAUUAGAAGAGGAAGAAGACGAGCGGCCAUUGCAGAAAAAGAAACAAAAGCAAAUGCCGAACAUACUCAGCGAUGAUCGAUUUAAAGCCAUGUUCGAGAAUCCAGACUUCCAAGUGGAUGAGAAGAGCGAUGAGUUCCGACUGCUGAACCCUCUUGUGUCUAAAAUGAGCCAGAAGAGGAAGAAGAAGCUGAAAGCAAUGGCGGAGUUGCAGACUAAGGAUCAGGAGGAAGAGGAAGAGCCAGAAGGAAAACCAAGUGAUGCAGAGAGCUCCGAAUCUUCCGAUGAUGAAAAGGCAUGGGUCGAAGAAGUCAGGAAACAGCGCAAGCUCAUACGCCAAGAGGGAAAAGCCAAGAGGCAGGAAAGGGAGAAAGAAGAUAAACAAACAACUCUCAAGCCUCAGUUUUAUGAGAUAAAAGCAGGGGAGGAAUUCCGCAGCUUCCAGGAUGCAGCGAAGAAGCAAAAGUUGAUGAGCAAAACGCUUGAGGAUCGCCUCAAGGUAGAAGAGAAACUUGGAGCGCUCAAUGUUGCCGAUGCAGCAGUGGGAAGCAAACAGUUGACAUUCACACUGAAGAAGUCUGAACAACAGAAGAAGAGACAAGAAGCAGAAAAACAACAUAAAGAGGAGAGGAAAAAACUGCGCCGUGCAGCUGGACACUUGAGGGGCAAACCAGCAAAAGGGAGACCAUUUUAUUAGAAGACUGGACCUUGUCCCAGAACCAAUGUGAA